AUGUUCGUCCGCCAAUUGGUCAUUCGGAUUAUCGCGGCCGCGGUAUUGCUCAAGAUACUAAGUGUCAUCUGGCACCAGUACAUCUUUCAGUCCUUUCUCGGGCACCAGCAAAUCACAUUCGAUGACUUCCCCACCGAAUACGCCAAGAGAUUGAACGAGUCGCGGGCAAACAAUCAACAACCUCAGGAGUCCGACUACUCCUCCACAUAUAACGGAACCAGGAUCCCACGCACCAUACACUACAUAUGGUUCGAGAGAAUCUACCCAGGUCAUGAAGGUCCUUCUGGAGGCCCGUCUAUCGGAUUCGGAUCACCGCAACUAUGUCGAGAGCACAACCCGAGUUACGAGAUUCGCAUGUGGAAUGCAACGAGCGCCCGCGAGUUUCUCUCCAACGAGUACGCCUGGUUCUUACCGACAUACGACAACUACAAGUACCCUAUCCAGAAGGUUGACGCCUUGAAGUACUUCGCACUAUACCAUUUCGGUGGCGUAUAUAUGGACCUAGACGUCGCGUGUCGACGCUCACUAGAUCCUUUGCUGGACUUCCCGGCCUGGUUCCCAGAGGCAUCGCCGUUGGGCGUCAACAAUGACCUGAUGGCAUCGGCGGCAAAGCAUCCGAUCGUGAAGAAGAUGACAGAGGGUCUUGUGACCCACAAUUGGAACCUACUCUUCCCGUACCUUACAAUCUUUUGGACAACGGGACCACAGUUCACAAGUACAAUCUUACAAGAGUGGUUCGAAGAAUGUCCUCAUGGGAAGUGCAAGGAAGGUGAGGCCAGGAAUGACCUUGACCCCAACUCCUUCGUCGUUCUACCUCGAAUCUUCUACUCGGAAGAAUACACCUUCUUCGGCCAUAAACCUGGAGGAUCAUGGCAUGGCGGGGAUGUCGCUGUGGUGUUGUGGUUCGCAGAGCGGCCAUGGGCGAUUGCAAGUGUUGCUACAGCCUUUGCUGGAACAAUCUUUGGUAUCGCUCGAUUGGGGAGUAGAAGGGCCCGACAAAGAGGGAAGAUCUAUAGUCAUUUGGUUUAG